AUGAUGGUCGUAGUGGUCGCUCACUUGCUUGCAGGUGAGACUACGCCUAGCGUCCACUUGCUGGCACACAACUCUCACCUGUGGCUACACGUAGCUGGGCUCUGCUCAGCGGCCACACCCCAGGCAACCGCCUCGACCGGCGGACUGAACCAGGUGAGGGGGCCCUGUGCGCCGUGCCGUGCGCAAAGGGUUUGCGGAUUCCACUGGAUGGAAGGUCGGAUGGAACCUUGGUCGGCACCGUCGUGACAUGGUUAGUCUUUGCACGCCGCUGGACAGCCGAUGACAGGAUGGAUCUCCACAUCUACAUCGCCUUGCCGCGGCUUACGGCGAAUUCGAGUCGCUCUCUACUACAACCAGAAAUCGUGGCCCCAUAGUGGAGUUCGGCCGCGCCACAACGGCACAUGGCAACCCUAUUCAGGGGUGGCGCUGCCAGCCCCCACGAGAGGAAGGGCCUAGAAAAGGUGGCCUAAGCAUUGCUGGGCACCACGUCGUCUACAGGCUAGCCAGGGCCGCAGACGUCUAAACAUGGUCGAAACAAUCAAAAUCGAAACAACAAUACCAAUAACAACAACAACAACCAUACUCGUUCUCCUCAUCCUACCUCUCCGUCCUCUUCCUUUGCCUAUUCUUCUGCUUAUUCUUCUCCUUCGCCAUCUUCUUCUCCACCUCCUUCCCAUCGCCCCACUCGCUGUCACCAGACUGGCAGGGAGGGUCCGCUCACUCGGGCAGCCUGGAAUGUUCCUUCCCUUUUAGAUAAUCCGAGGAGCAACCGACCGGAACGGAGGACGGCGCUAGUAGCACGAGAACUGGCGCGCUAUAAGGUGGACAUCGCCGCACUGAGCGAGACCCGAUUCUCCGAACAAGGCCAACUGGAGGAGGUGGGCGCCGGUUAUACCUUCUUCUGGAGUGGCCGACCCAGGGCAGAGCGACGAGAAGCGGGCGUCGCCUUCGCCAUCCGGAAAGACAUCGUGGGACGACUGCCCUGUUUGCCGCAGGGCAUCAACGAUCGACUGAUGAGCCUCCGUUUGCCUCUCCAGCGGGUUGGGGGCAAAUCCGCCACCAUCAUCAGCGCCUACGCUCCGCCGAUGAGCAGCCCCGACGCCGCCGCCAGAGACAAAUUCAACGAGGACCUGCACCCCCUCCUGGCGACUGUGCCGAAGGCGGACAAGUUGAUUGUCCUUGGUGACUUCAACGCCCGCGUCGGCACAGACCAUACUGCCUGGAGAGGAGUGCUGGGUCCCCACGGUCUCCGCGGCUCCAAAGACAAUGGCCUGCUUCUCCUCCGCAUCUGCGCAGAACACUGCCUCAUCCUGACAAAUACUUCUUCUGCCUGCCGGAGCGAGAAAAGGCCACCUGGAGGCAUCCUAGGUCGCGUCAGUGGCACCUGCUGGACUAUGUCCUCGUCCGGAGGCGAGAUCAGCGGGACGUGCUGGUGACGAAGGCGAUCGCGGGUGCUGACGGGUGGACCAACCAUCGCCUCGUCAUCUCGAAGAUGCGUAUUCGCCUACAGCCUCGCAGGAGACCACAAGUUAAGCGACCCCCAGGUAAGCUGAAUAUUGCCUUGUAGUCCUUGCCCGCUCACCAUCUUCAUUUCAGCACUGAGCUAGCUCAACGGCUAGACAACCUUCCAAUCGCUGCCGCCGCCGACGCCGCCGAUGCCGAGAACGCCUCCGUGGAGAACCGCUGGUGUCAACUGCAAGACACGGUCCAGUCGACGGCACUGGCCGUCCUCGGUCGCGCAAGCCGCCAACACCAGGACUGGUUCGACGACAACGACACCGCCAUCAGCAAUCUGCUCGCCGAGAAGAAUCGCCUGCACAAAGCCUACGUAGACCAUCCCACUGACGACAAUAAGACUGCUUUCUACCGCAAGUCACCGCAGCAUCCUUUCUGGCCAGCGGUUGCCCCUGUUGCCUGCGACAGACGAGCUUCUUAUGAUGACCUGUUGACAAGCCAAUAUGUCUGCUUAUAUUAA